AUGGUUACCACAAGGCCAGAAAUGUUUGCACAGUUAAUUAUAAAAGGUCGUAAUCGCAUUACAGAGCUGAAUAGAAUUGAACCAGAAAUUAUUGUCAUACCAGUGCAAGAGAACUACUUGCAAUGGUCUCUACAGAACAAUCUGCAUUUACAAAUUGCAUUAUCAGGUUUUACUGGGAAAUUACAAAUACAUCAUCCUAGCAGCAGAAUGCUGACAUUUGUUGGUCAACACAGUUUAGAAUUAAAGCCAAAACUAAGUCCCGCACCCAUACAAGGACCUACUGUCUUUACUGACAGUAUUGGUCGCACUGGAAAAGCUGCUCUCACAUGGUUAGAGCAAGGACAGUGGAAAUCUAAAGUUUCUAUUGUUCAAGCUUCACCACAAAUUGUAGAAUUAAAAGCAGUAGUAAUGGUCUUUGAACUAUGGCAUGACAAUCCAGUGAACAUUGUUACUGUGGUCAGAACCCACGUGGAUACCAGCCAAAUGGGUGAAAGCAGCACUGGAAGAAGACUCGACUGUGCCUUCUGCACUGUCAUGAUCAUCCUUGUUCCGAGAAUUACGACUGGAAUGAAACUACAUCAACUGCAUCGAUCGCUGCUGAGACAGAACACACGGGUAACUUUAGACAAUCAAAUGGGUCAGGAUUCUUUAUGCUUAUCUGUGUCUACACCUGACAAUCCAUUUCAUACCUGCCUCAUAGGCAUCCCAACGUUUCAUCCUACACAAUUUACAGGGUGGGUAAAGGACGAGACUAUCUUGACUAUCAAUGAAACCCAGAUUAUCAAUAUCUGCAAUAGGACAUGGAGAGGUCUCUGUGGAAAGUGGACAACCAUAAGGCAUCAGUACCCUAAUCUCCCAGAGGCAAUUCAAGCAGCAUUGAUUAUAGAAAAGUUGAAUGUAACCAUGUUACCUCCACAAGAACUGGACCUUCUCGGCUCCAUGCCAAAUAACCAGAGUUGUGUGAUGUUCAGAGGAACAGAGCUUAUGAGGAUAGCAAUGAUUUAUUCAGUUGAUAAAGAUGAGAAAUCUCUGUCCAGCCUGGAGAUUAUCGUGCCACGUGAUUUAGCAGAUGGGUUCGUCAAUAAUAAACGAGAGAGCUACAAGUUCAAUGUCUUGGCAGGCUAUAACGGUACUAUCUUUGCAUAUGGUCAGACAGGUAGUGGGAAAACUUUUACCAUCACAGGAGGAGCAGAAUGUUACAGUGAUCGAGGCAUCAUUCCUAGGACUCUAUCUUAUAUUUUUGAUCAAUUGCAGAAGGAUAGCAGUAAAGUGUAUACAACUCACGUUUCCUACUUAGAAAUCUACAAUGAAUGUGGUUAUGAUCUGCUGGACUCAAGACAUGAGGCCUCCAGAUUGGAAGAUUUGACAAAAGUGACAAUAAUGGAAGACCCUGAUCAGAACAUUCAUCUGAAAAACUUGUCUCUUCAGCAAGCAACCAAUGAAGAGGAAGCCUUAAACCUACUCUUCUUGGGAGACACCAACAGAAUGAUUGCUGAGACACCAAUGAAUCAAGCCUCAACCCGAUCUCACUGCAUUUUCACUAUUCACAUCUCCAGCAAGGAACCUGGAUCUGCAACUAUCCGACACUCCAAGUUGCACUUAGUAGACCUUGCUGGAUCAGAGCGUGUUGCAAAGACUGGAGUUGGAGGUCACUUAUUGACAGAAGCCAAAUAUAUCAACUUGUCGUUACAUUAUUUGGAACAGGUAAUAAUUGCCCUUGCGGAGAAAAACAGGUCCCAUAUUCCUUACCGAAACUCUAUGAUGACCUCAGUACUAAGAGACAGUCUGGGAGGAAACUGCAUGACUACCAUGAUAGCAACGCUCUCUAUAGACAAAAGAAACAUAGAUGAAUCUAUAUCAACCUGCAGAUUUGCACAGCGAGUUGCUCUGAUUAAGAAUGAAGCAGUUCUUAAUGAAGAAAUUGACCCCAGAUUGAUGAUUGUGCAGCUGAAAAAGGAGAUCCAGGAGUUGAAGGAUGAGCUGGCACUGGUGACUGGCAAACAAAGAACAUCAGAGCUUUCACAAGAAGAGCUACUUCAGUUGGAUGAGUUAAUUGAAGCAUUUCUUGAAGAUAAUGAACCUGAUAGCAUUCUGGAUGUUGGUGCUGAUAUGCGCAAGAUCAAGUAUUGCUUCAUUCAUUUGAAGCAACUAAUGAAUCAUUCGAAGAUUUCUGAUAAAAAACUGCUCUCACAAAACACCUCUAACAAAAAAGACUCUAACAAAGAAGCAGGAGAAGAAGAAUUGAAGAAACUGAAAGAACUUCUGCAGCAAAGAGACAAUGAAAUCAAUAUUCUGGUAAAUAUGCUAAAAAAAGAGAAAAAGAAAGCACAAGAUGCUCUUUUCCAUCUUAAUGCUGCCUCUGCUGGUUCUACAGUCUUGGAGCAGUCCCAUUCUGUAAACUUGGAAGAAAGAAAGAGCCCAUCUAGCUCUUUUAGUCUGAAAGAGGCAAAAGAUUUCAGCUCUUCAGUUCACAAACUAACACUUCUUUCCAGAAAAACAGGAGGAAAGAUGUCACUUGGAUAUCAAGAAGCUUUUGAAGUUUUCAAGAGGGACCAUGCAGACAGUAUAACCAUUGAAGACAACAACCAGCUUCUAAAACAGAGGUUUGCUGAAGCUAAAUGCCUUGGAGAAAAAUUAAAUGAAGUGAGAAAUAAAAUAAACCAUCUGAAAGGCAAGAUAACACAGAGGCGCAUUCAGAGGGCAGCUCUAGCUGUUUCCAGUCCUUCUGAAGAGCUAAAUACAUUUGAUCCAGUAGAAGAGAAACUUCGAACACAAAUUGAAGAAGAAAAAAAAAGUUAUAAAACAAUGUUCAAUCGCUUGAAAGAGCUAAAGGUAGAGAUUGAGCACCUGCAGCUUCUUAUGGAAAAAGUCAUGGUGAAACUGCAAAAAGACUUUGAAAUCUGGUGGUCUGAAGAGGCAAUAAAUCUACAGCAGGAAAAGCCAUUGAUGGUUAGCUCAACAAAUACCAUGACUGUUUAUCCCCAGUUUAUCAAAUCUGUGCAACAUCUAUCAACCAACAGUUUUUCAGAGACCACAAGAGUCAUCCCUAAUGAAGAUUCAGCUGGGAAAAACAAUUCAACCACUUCGAGUAACCCUAGUUUAAAAACAAGGACCCCACCAAGUUCAUCUAUUCCUCUGACUGGAGACAGCCAGGCUGAUGCUGACAUCCUAGCUUUCAUUAAAGCAAGACAGAACAUCCUGCAAAAGAAAGGCUUGGGAAACAAAUGAAAUUCUUGUUGCAGUCCACUAUUUCCUUUUUGAAACAGUUAAAGACCUUUAUCCUUUCCCUUUAUCUUCUAUUUAGAAACAGGUACUGCUACGUCCUUUAGAUGUGUAGGUUUAAUUG